AUGAAGGUGGAAUCGGACAAUGGAGGUUACUAUGUUGGAGUGUGAAUUGGGAAAGUUGUCCGUAAGAUGAUCCUCGGAAAUUCCGGAUUUAAACAUAGCAACAUAGCAUGCUGCUAGGGAACAGAAGUAGGAAUUGGAAUGGUAAUCAAAGGGUACAGUGUUGAUUAAGGCUCCGGGGGGGGGGGUUAUCGUAUGAUGGUUUAAUAGGCUCCAAUUUCGUCAGGAAAUUCUCGGUCUCCGUAACAUAAACCUUAAAGGUAUGCACAUCCAUCUUGAAAUCCUUAUUCGGACGGAAGAUCGCAUCCGAAAGAACACUACGCCACCCCUCUACCCAGUAUAGGUACUUGGUCCACUCGGUAUUCUUACGAAAUGUGUCAGAUGUAAUAUCGUAGCUUGUGAGAUCAUCCACCUUAUAGGAGAUGUCUUUGGAAUUCACGGUUCCGUCCUUGGCGAAGGUAACCUCAAAGUCAAACUUGGAUAGGGUUGCAUUGGGGUAUUGUUUCAUGAAGUUUGCUUUCAUUUUCUGGAUUUCGAUGGGUAUUGCUGCCCUAACCUUCUCGUAAUUCUUUCCGUAGUAUUUCCGGAAUAUUUCCUCACUCAUCCUUUUAUUUGAUGUAAAGUUCUAGUAAGACAUCUCCAGGGAUGAUUCCGGUAUUAGACCCUAUUUCAAACCGGAUUUCACUAUAUUUACCAGCAUCCACCCGUACUUGGCUUUCAAUGUCAUUGUAUUUGGUUGUGGUUCCAAAGAGAGGUCUGGUUCCAUCGAUGGGAAGGGAAGUGAUGACGGUACUCCGAUUUCCGUACGGUCCGAUGUUAUGCUCACGAUUCACAAGGUUACAGCUAACUGUGAGGUACCGCAAGCCUUCAUGAAUGUCUACGGGACGAUCGCUGAUGUGUGGGGUGUAUUUAGGACCAUUGGAGGAUCAGUAACCCAAAAUACUCGUGAGAUUCCAAAGUCCUGCGGAACCUGUCCCCUUAGCAAAGUCAAUCCUUAUCCUUCCAUCGGGAUAUUCCUUAAGUGUUAAUCCGUUUUCCUCCAGCUCUUUCCUAAGCUGUUUAAAGGUCCAGUACCCUUCAUCUAUCAUAAUAUUCUUCCCAUCUACGGAAAUGUAGCCAUUGAACCCCUUACGAAUGUUCUUAUAAUUCCAAAACACGGCAGCAGUCUUUACGUAAAGUUCGGAUCCAUGGGGUAAGGAUCAGUGGAUCCUGUAAAUCCAGUGUAACCCCUCCGUCUUCAACAUAGACCGUUAUCUUCUUCAUGUUUUAUUUACAGAUAAUAAAAUGGACCUACCAUUAGAUGUAGCUCUCCGGGAAAUAUAUUUUAAUGUUAACGGUGGGUACUGUUAAGGAACGGUUACAGACACAAAAUACCUAUAUUAUUCACAAACCGUCCCGAAAACAUUACAAAACCCAAAGGACCUAUGUGGAUGGACUUGCACAGCAAAUUCAAAUGGACCUUGUGGAUAUGAGUAAAUUUAGCCAUGGAAAUAAGGGAAACCGCUGGAUCCUAACUGUCAUAGAGGUGCUAAGCCGGUAUGCCUUUGCCAUUCCUGUAUGGAGGAAAGUGCUCAUACAAUUUAAGGAAAGAUUUGGUAGAUAUCCUAAAACAGCACAGUUUGAUGACGGAAAGGAAUUCUACAAUGUAGGAGUAAAGACGUUGCUAAAAGAUCACGAUGUCCACUAUUUUUCCACAAGGACCUUCAUCGAAAGAUUCAAUAGGACUCUGAAAACAAGGAUGUGGAAAUACUUUACGGAAAACAGGACGAAAGUUUGGGUGACAUUCUACCUGCUCUCGUUAGAUCCUAUAAUAAUUCCACACACAGGACAAUAGGAAUGAAACCGGCGAAUGUGAAUGAGGAAAAUAAGGAUGAAGUUUGGACGAGAAUCUACGGAUAUCCACUAAGCACUUUUCCGGAUCCUAAAUUUAAAGUUGGGGAUCAUGUCAGGGUGGAAAUAAAGCACAAGACCUUUGAAAAGGGAUACGAACCCAACUUCGACAAUGAAGUAUAUGUCGUUACAGCGGUGUUCCGGGGAGAUCCCAACAUGUACAGCCUUAAGGAUCCGGAGGAUGAGGAAGACAUUUUGGGAAGGGUAUUAUGA